GCGAUGGUGCGAAGGCGUUGACUUCCCGCGUUCCGAGAAGUCGGCGGGCUGGCUCCCGUCGCCGCAGUGUUUCCCGGCGGCCGCGAAGUCCACCCACGGCGCCGCUGGCUUUGACGGCCGGAGCGCAGUGGAGCUCAAGUUGAUGCGUGACAUCGCGCCCUUCCUGCUGGAGGAGCUCUACGCGGCGCGGGUCGCCGCGACCCAGUAUGCCAUCAUAUGCCAUGGAGAUCUUCCUCGCGAGGUCCUGCUUGCAAUAUUCCCGUGGAGAGCGGUGGGGAUCCCCAUGGAAGACGAGAACGAGAGCAGGCCUAUCUCGGUUGCGCCCUGCCUCCUUCGAGCUUCGUCGACGGCGAUGGCGACCUCCUUGCCGCCGCCGACGGCCAACCAAUACGCCUGCAAACGUCGCGUGGCAAUAGUCCACGCUGUGUCUGCCCGGCUAGCCGAAGAGGCCACCUGCGGCCUCGAGCUGGACCUGAGCAAGGCCUACGACACCGUCGGCCACGAGCUGGCCGCCGCCGCGCUGGAGGCUCAGGGCGCCCCAGCCUCAGUUAUCAACGUCUGCCUCUGCGCCUGGCGAGCCGACCGGGCUCUCAUGGGCGACCGCUCCAUCGCAGCCCGCUCCGAGCUGGACUCAGAGAUCGGCCUCGCUCGCCGCCGAGCGCCGGCGCCG